UUUGGACCUUGCGAGACACAUGAAUGAGGCUUACCACCACCACUACGGUCGUGGCCGUUUCUCAAUUCCCAAUUCCUCAACCCCAAAGAACUGAGCCUAAAGUAACAAAAGUAUUGAAAACAACCACGUGGGUCCUAGUACCCGGUAGCAGCAAUACCAUCAUCUACUACAAUCUACCAAAAUCCUCAUCAAACCUUAGGUAACAAAACCAAAAAUGCCGAGCCACCAUCACAAUCACAUGAAAGCCGUGGUGAUCCGCGAACCAGGUGGACCAGAAGUCCUCAAGGUGGAAAGCAUCCCCAUACCCGUCCCAGGACGACAUCAGGUGCUCAUCAAGGUCAAAGCCUUUGGAUUAAAUCGGUCCGAGAUGUACACUCGACAAGGAUACAGCCCCAGCGUCAAGUUCCCACGCGUCCUCGGCAUCGAGGCUGUGGGGAUCGUGGAACAAUGUCCAAGUGGAAGGUUUGAGAAGGGAGAUCAGGUCGCGACGUGUAUGGGAGGGAUGGGACGGGAUUUUGAUGGCGGAUACGCUCAAUACACAUGCGUACAUAUCGAUCAAGUACAGGUGUUCGAGAGUAGUCUGGACUGGGCGAUUUUAGGGGCAUUACCGGAAAUGCUGCAGACGGCAUGGGGAUCUUUGUUUUCGGCCUUGAAAUUGAGACAUGACGACACUCUACUGAUUCGAGGCGGUACUUCGUCUGUGGGCCUCGCUGCCGCUGCACUGGCAAGAAAUCAUGGUGCUUAUGUCGCUGCUACAACUCGUAGCAACAGCGAACGCAGCCAUGCUCUUCUACGUCGCGCUGGUGUCGAAAAAAUCAUCAUCGAUGAUGGAAAUGUCGCAGCCCAAAUCAAGGAUGAAUUGUUCACCAAGGUCUUGGAGCUCGUGGGCACGAUUACAUUGAAAGACUCAUUGAAAUGUGCAGCUGAUUCGGGAGUUGUCUGUAUGGCUGGUAUAUUAGGAAAUGAAUGGGAAUUAAAUGGCUUUAAUCCAAUGGAAGCUAUCCCCAACGGCGUGUCUCUCACAAAGUACUCUGGCAGCCCAGAGACAUUCAUGCGCAUGCCGCUACAUGAUAUGAUCAAACAGGUUCAACACGGCCAACUGCCCCUCCAAUUAGGCCAGACCUUUCGCAUGGAUGACAUUGCUCAGGCUCAUGAAACCAUGGAGAAGAACCUUGCCUAUGGCAAAAUAGUCGUCUUAACGGAAUAGAUCAAAAGUCCUGCAAGAUUCAAGCUCCUUACUCUGCUGGCCCUUUUGUAUCCGUUUUCGACUCUCGUUUCUUUGAUCCGCUCAUCGGCUUUCGUGGCCGCCCGCUUCGCACUUGUUUCUUGGGGUUUCCCGACUGCCAUGACUGCCACAAUGAGAGCGAUGGCCUUUGACCGAUAAAUCGCCCAUGUGGCGUGAAGAUCUCGACUUUGGGGAACAUACCAUCAUCUUCCUCGGCCUUUGGCUUGGUCAUCUCCUCGGAGAGGCCAGUAUGGAAGGGCUGGAAUGACGGCUCCAAAAGAGACGAGCUAGACUGAGGGGCCAAGUCUUCCGCGGCAGGCUCUGAAGAGGCUUCGAGCACAUCAGAAGAGUCACUAACAUCAGGUGUCGUAUCUGCAGAAAUUUCUGGAGUGUUCUCCUGGGUCUGGAGGUUUGUAUCUUCAAAGGGCCGUUCAAGAGAAUUAGACGUCGAAUGGUGGCGUCGUCGUUUCCUCACCUGACAGACUAAUUCAACCCAUCCAACCCCCUCAAUCAGGAUGUCUGUGGCAAAGAUCUCGAAGGGAAGUUUCUUGGGGUCGGCGCCUGCUCUGAUCAUUGAACCCGCGCGGAAUCUUGUGACAUCAGUCUUGAGAGCAAAUUUGCCUGCUGAUGCUAUGGAUGUUUCCACGUCUCCAGCAAGGAUAGACUCAACACCACUUUCACGAGUUUUAUUUUGCAUUCCAAUUGCCUUCUCCGUCGACGUGACAUGGGCUUUUAAAGGAACAAAGGGAUAAGCCAUCACAAUUGUGGAAGGAUCAUUUUCAUCCAGAAUAGGUGUGAUGCGGAUAAGCCCGCCACCAAGUAUCAGAGACUGGCCGAAUUUGAUGUUGAGUUGGCUCACAGUGGGACGGCUAGUCAUGACCAGGUCGACUUUGUGAGAUUUCUCCACAAAAUGAUCCAGUCCGCUCCGCUCUAAGCCCGGCAUGUCUAUUAACUCGCCUUUGUGGCUUCCAAACGGUACGCGAAUCGGCGAGGCAGUUGUUCCAGGAAGGCUAGAAACCAAUGGCAUCGGAGGAAAUCGGGCCUCCGGCUGGGGUGGUGGGAGAAGGCUGUCCACACGAAAAGUGUCCAAAUUUGUCGUCAGGUCGACAAGUCUUUGUUUCUGGGCAUCAUCCUGGUCGGCAUACGCAGACGCCCGAUGGUUUGAACCCUUGGGGAAGAUAACUUCGAAUAAAUUCGAUUUACCGACAUUGAAUUUGCCCACCAACCAAUUUCCCCCGCCUCGAUGCCAAAUGUCGUCUUUGAGUCCUGUAGUCCACCAGCCACGCUUCGAGGAGACCAGAUGGACGUUGCCGAGCCUCAACUUCGCCCCCCAAUAACCCAAUUUCGACCGUAGGAUACCGACAAUUUUGGGCAUGAUCUGGUCCACCUUUUCCUUGGUCGGACCGAGCAAAUCAGAUCGGGUGAUAAUGAAGGAAAGGCCCGGCUUGGUGGAGUGCAGGACGUGACGCGACCGACGAUUUUGGGUGCGUUGUCGAGCCACGGAGAGGCUUUUGUGGAUGGAAGGGAUGACAGACAUAGGGAAAUCGGCCGCAUCCACGACAUGGUAAAUAUGAUUUUUUUCGAAGGGGGACUCGGCAAUGGAAUCUGCAAUGUUCGCGAUAGAUGGAUGCGCAAUAGGUUCGCCCUUGGAGUCAUGUUUCAAGGCAUGACAACGAUCGCAUGAGGGUAAGAGAGAUUGUUCGGAUUCACCUUCCUUCACCGCUUCCUCAUCUUGCAGUACGACGACCUUGCGUCGAGCGUUCUGGUUCCCUUGGUCGAUGUCUGAAUGUGUAUCAUCGUCUUUUAGCCAUUCUUUCUCAUCCAGAGCCUCUCGAUAUUGCAUGCGUUGUUGCCUGACAUGGUCUUUCACGGCCUUUCGGUUGAAUGAAUAGUAUCCUGCGGCUCCUGCCUCGACAUCUUGUGUUAAUGCGCCGCAGCCUGGGCAGGAGACAGGCAGUAAUUGCUGUCUAUGAAGUUUUUUGGGAGGUGUUGGCGAGGCUGGCAGCGUUGUUGCAGAAACAGCGGAUCCAUCUUCUACGAAGGGGAUCGCUGACUCGGAGUAUGUAUACUCGGAUUGCGAGUCGGUCGCUAAGCGGCGAAGAUUGGUCCGUCGUCCAUGGCGAGGGUAAGAGGCUAAUGACUGUCUGAGCAGUGCUCUUCUCGCCGCUCUGCCAACAUGGAUCGUGCGCAAAGUGCGUAUGACAUGAUCCAUAUGCCCAGCAGCGGGGCUCACGGUAGGAUCGGUGAGCUGGGCAGGCGGUGUACGUGUAUUGAGAGGAACACUGCACUCUGACGAUGAAGAAAAUAAAUCUUUACGGAGUAGACCUAUGACCACGAAAUGAUGCGACUACCCA